UUCCGCCUCUCAUUCCCUCCCGAGCUGAACUCGACGCGCAAGGCACAACCGAUGGUACACAGGAGCGCUGGAAUUUCCCUAGAAAAAAGUACUAAGUAGAAUAUUUGCAGUCAUAUUUGCAGUUACACCCAAAUGUGAACAGUCGAGUGGAAAAAGUCACGGGAUUCUACGUUUGAGAAAUUUGCUGAUAAGGGCAAGAGUGGCCAUGCCAUUUGGCUGUUUAACGCUCAGGGAAAAGAAGGAUUACAACAAUCCCUUAGAGGUGACUGAUAAAUAUGACCUGGGACAGAUUGUUAAAUCGGAGGAGUUCUGUGAGAUCUUCAGGGCCAAGGACAAAAACACACUGAAAAUGUUUACUUGUAAAAAGUUCUUGAAAAAGGAUGGGAGGAAAGUUCGGAAGGCUGCAAAAAAUGAGAUCCUCAUUUUAAAGAUGGUGAAGCACCCCAAUAUUCUCCAGCUGGUGGAGGUCUAUGAGACCAGAAAAGAGUAUUUCCUCUUCCUUGAACUUGCUACAGGCAGAGAGGUAUUUGAUUGGAUCCUGGACCAGGGCUACUAUUCCGAGCGCGACACCAGUAAUGUGGUCCGUCAGGUGUUGGAGGCAGUCGCCUACCUUCACUCCCUGAAUAUUGUCCACAGGAACCUCAAGCUGGAGAACUUGGUGUACUUUAACCGCCUGAAGCACUCCAAAAUAGUAAUCAGUGACUUCCACCUGGCCAAGCUGGAGACCGGGCUCAUCAAAGACCCUUGUGGAACCCCAGAGUACCUGGCACCAGAGGUGGUUGGGAGACAGAGAUACGGCAUGCCAGUGGACUGUUGGGCCCUGGGUGUCAUCAUGUACAUCCUGCUUUCAGGCAACCCUCCUUUCUAUGAUGAAACUGAUGAUGACGACUAUGAAAACCACGACAAGAACCUGUUCAGGAAGAUCUUGGCUGGGGACUAUGAGUUUGACUCUCCAUACUGGGACGACAUCUCAGAAUCAGCAAAAGGCCUGGUAACCCGUAUGAUGGAGGUAGACCAGGAUCAGAGACUGACUGCUCAGGAGGCCAUCAACCAUGAGUGGAUUUCUGGAAAUGCAGCCUCAAAUAAGAAUAUUAAGGAUAAUGUCUGUGCACAGAUAGAGAAGAACUUUGCCAAAGCUAAGUGGAAGAAAGCAGUGCGGGUCACUACCAUGAUGAAGCGACUGAGAGCGCCAGAUAAAGGUGUUGACUCGGGGACUCCCGGCCCAGCAGUAGCAACCAGCCCUGCAGCAGGAGAACCAGCCCCAGCUCCAGCAGACCCCCAGGCUCCCAGUGACCCCUCUGCAGCCCCCGCUGCUGCAGCUCCUGAGGGGGAGCCUGCUGCUGUCACAGAGCCCCCUGCUGAAAUGGAGGCCGUGUCAUGUGAUGUCACUCCCCAGGCUGCAGCAGAAGUCACAGCUCCACCUGAGGAGGAGGCCACCCCAGAGGAGGUUGAUCUUUUGUCGCGGUGUAACGGAGAGGCUCCAACUCCCCUCCAACCGGCUGCUGAAGCUGGGGAUGAGCAGGGUUAGACAGCCACCGCCCUCCUAUGCCACCUUCACUCCCAGAGAUCCUCCUUCCUGCACACUGUACAUUAGCUGCUAGCAUGGUGACACUGACUCUGCUUAUCUCUCACUUGCAGCGUUAGUAACAUCUCACAGAGCCUGUAUGCUAUCUUUCCUGAGUGUUGAAUUUACCUGGCUACAUUUUUAUAUGUAUUUUGUCUCUUUAAAACUGCCCUCUGGCCUUACAGGGGCUUUUUAUGUCUAAUGCAGCCCAGAUUAUGCCAUAUUAUGUUGUUUUUUUGCGGGAAAGGAGGUUUACGUUAUAGCUAACAGCUACAUAUUUUCCUCUGAACUUUUGCCUUUUGUAAUGAAAGUGUAAUGUAAUUAUGCCAAACCUGCUUUGAUUUCCUCUUAAUGAAACAUGUUUGGGAACUUUUCCCCCAGUCCUACUCUCAUAUUAUUCCACUCCAUUAUCAUGGCAGUCAAUAAGGUAAUGAACAGCUUGGCUUUGCUCUCGUAGUGUUGAUUUGACAUCAUGAUCUGUAAAACUCCUCCUUCACACCCCCCUCUAAACAAUAAUAUAUUUAUUUUUUGGGGGUGACCAUUGCUCUCUUUGUUAUUUUUAGUAUACACUGAUCAGUAGUUCUGUUUGUGCUGCAGUAAGUAGGUUUACUGGGGGAUGCAGCAGGCCCAGUGUUAGUGAAAGUCAGUAUCCACACCAUUACCACCCAUCUGCUUAGGAAAGAACCACAUGGCUGUCAGUGUAAAGAUUCUGUAUAUAGAAACCUUUGUAGAAGUAACAAAAACAGCAUGUAUUCUUAACUUUCGCUGUUAAUUUCACAUUUGUAAGCACUUGGUUAAAAAGAAAAACGUACUAAUCCUGCUACUGACCUUUAACCUGGAAACAUGAAGGUAUUUUGUAGCUCUUUAUGAAUUUCACAAUUGGCCUCUGUCCUAACAUAUCCAUCCUAUGUGACUAGAUUAACUUUUUCUAUUUCUUUAAAUGUGUUUUACAUUCUGUUUCUGAUUCACCACUUAUUCAUUCUUAUACAUCCUUAAUACGUGGAUGUAUUUAUAAAGAAAUAUAAUUUAUAAUUUAGUCUACAAGGAAAACUAUUACAUACAUUUUUCUGUGUAAAAGCACCACUGUAAAAGGCAUUUCUGCCCCCCACCAGCUUUGUGACACGUUUUUUUGUUGCUUAAAGGAAACAGAAGAAUUAAGAGCAAUUGUGUUAAAACAUCUUUAAUAUUUACAAACAUAUGUAUUUAUUUAUCUAUUUAUUCAUAUGUUUACUUAUUCUCAAGAUAUUCAUAACAAUAAUAUGAAUCAGAAUCGUUUUCGGUUUAUAGCCCGGCUCCCUUCAGUAUGGUCGAUAAUAAGGUAUGCAAGAGUUCUCUGGAAUCGCCAUACAUUUUGCAAUAUUCAACUUGCUGCCGAAACUGUGAUUAUUCUCUUGGUGUCCUGUAUAGAGUACAGUUCUCCAUAGAGUGCAUGUACAGUACGUACCUGUACGUUGAAAGCCUGUAGUCCGUAAGAACCGUCGAUACCCUAUCCAGAUGGCCAGUCAAUAACACAUGGCCAGUGUCAAACAAGGCCGAGUCUAGAUCAUAUUAGUCAUGCUUGACUUGGUCCCCUCUUUCUGUACUGUAUUUACAGUGCCAUCCUCCACACAGCCUUCAUCCUUCCUUGUCACAGCUAGACAGUGGUUUUAUUAACAGUACACAGUAGCUAUAAUAUACACAGUAUAUUCAUGUGUUUUAUGGGUCCCUCUGCAGGUUACUUUUCAAGGGACUAAGUUUUAUGGAAUAUGUAUUUAAGACAAUUUGGAGCAAUUAUUUUCAAUAGAAUGCACAAAGUCAAAUUAAAUUCGCUCCUUUUCUGAAGGAUCGGGAGAUAACUUAUUGCUCCCCAGUCUAUUGUUUAUUCACAUCUCUAUCUACGAAAAGGUAUUGAUUGAUUGAUAUGCAUAUUCAGAAACAUUAUUGAGAUAUAGCAUUACACAAUGUCUUUAUUUUGUCAAAACAUUAGAUUUCCCACGAAAAGCUUAACAGGAAUAUCUGAAAUAAGUUGUGUGAAUAUACCAUUUUGUGUCAUUCAUCCUCUUAAGACCACAAAUAAAUACUGUUACACAAUCUAAAGCAAUGCUUUGUUCCACAUCUGUUCAUUUCUCCAUGCACUUUCUGAUGUACCUGUUGUUUUUGAUGUAAUGUUCAUCAGGACCAGUGGUCACCUGUAGGUUCUGACUGUUUCUCAUGUGUAAGCUCUGUACUGUACUCGUUGACUGAGUUCAUGACUUUGAUGGUAAUAAAAGUUUAUCCAUGGAAUAUCUGUGGCUAUCUCACGUGUGCCCCUC